UUUCUUCAUUUGCUCCUCUCUCCCGAUACGAACAAUGGAACGAAGAAAAAACUAUUAGCAUAAAUCGAUUUAUCAAAAUCAAGGAUUAUGGAAUUGGGAUUUUCUGGGGAGUGAAGGAUGAUCCAGAAAAGAACUUUAAAAGGAUUGAUUUGAACAAAUCAUGUGGCUUUCUUUCUUGAGACCUAGAGAUCGAUUCUCCUUAGCCGAACUCAGGCGUCUUCUUGCAUUUCCCAAAGGAAACAACAGUGAUUACUUUUCUCUCUAUCUGGACGUUGUUGAUUUUGUAUCAUUGCCUUGCAGAUGGAGAAGAAUAGUGAACUUCCGCCUGGCUAUAGUAAAUCAUCUUUCCAAAAAGUUCUCCAUAUUGAAAGAGACAGAGCAUUGUUUUGAUGGCAAGUCAACCAAAUGGGGUUUUCCAGCAAUGCUUCCUCUUUCCAAACUUCAUGACAAAGAUGGUGGAUUUCUUUUGAAUGGAGAAGUCAUGAUUGUUGCAGAGUUGGAUGUUUUGGAAGUCAUUGGCACAUUAGAUGCAUCAGAAAAGACUGAAGAUGCAUCAGAACUUGUGAGCCAGAAAAAAGAGAUUGAUUGUCUUGAGUCUAAUGAUUUACUCAUGAAAAGUUCACCACUGAAGGAAACCAACAAUGUCAAUGGGACUAAACAGGUAAGAUAGCUAUAAGAAUUGGUUCUAAGAUUGUAUUUGUGGUCUGUUUGUAAGUCAUUCAAAGACUCAAUGAUGUUUUCACUUGAAGGAAA